AGAAUUAACCCCUUUAUCUCCCCCUCCCCCUUUAUAUAUAUUAAAGAAGAUCAACAUAUUGUUCCCCACUUCAAGAAUCAUCAAUCAAACAAAAAGAGCAAAAGAAAAAAGAGGUUCUUUUAUUUUUCAAGAACAUAAUGGCAGGUACAAAAACCAAUGAUUUUCAAGAUAUGUUACCCAUGAUGGCAAAUAAGCUAGGUGGGGAUGGUUUAAUAAGGGAGUUGUGUAAUGGUUUUAAGCUAUUGAUGGAUAAGGAAAGAGGGGUUAUUACUUUUGAGAGUUUGAAGAAAAAUUCAGCACUUCUUGGUUUACAAAAUUUGAGAGAUGAUGAGUUGAUGAGUAUGUUAAAAGAAGGUGAUUUGAAUGGUGAUGGUGCACUUGAUCAAAUGGAAUUUUGUGUACUUAUGUUUAGAUUGAGUCCUGAAUUGAUGGAAGAAUCUGAAGAUUUGCUUGAAAUUGCUCUUGAACAAGAAUUCAAGACUAAUUCAGCUAGGUGAUUUGUGUCCAAUUAUUAGGGAAAUCAAUUGCUGUCUCAUUCUGUACUUUGAUUUUUCUUUCUUGGGGAUCUUGAAUUUGUCUUGUUUCAUGUUCAAAUUUGGAAGGAGAAAUGUAAUAGCAAAGCUAGAAACAAGAAUUGGGAAUUUGAUUUCUUGCCCCAAAUAUACAAAUACUUUUUUGUAAUUUCUGUUUCUUUUUUUCUUUCAGGAUUCAUUUCAUUCUUCUA